AUGGGUAUUCCGCUGUGGCGCGAGCCGACGGAGUCAGAUGCUUUCAAGUCUGCCACGGAGAAGGAUUCGUCUGCAUCUGCACGGUCUGCGAUUCGUCGUGCGGCUACGAUUCGACGUGCAUCGCGCCACGGCGCUCGCGCGCGUGGUGCCGGCGUCCUAUCCUCGUUCCAUUCUCAAAUCCUCGAUGAGAUCCAGCGCGGUAUGGGCGAACCCCAGACGGGGGUACGCUCUCCUGUUCUGAACCUUGGUGUUAGUGAGGAUGGAUUAGAUCUUGAUGCCAGUCGACUCGAAGCUCUAGGCCGAAAUGCCGCGCGCCCACUUCCGAGCGCCAGCCUUCCCGCAGACCAUUUGGCCCGGUGGAGAAGCGCCCGGGAUCGAGCUCUAUUGACCAACCUCCUCAGUCGCACUGACACCCAAUCUCAAACUGGCGAGCGCCGUGCGAGCCCUUCUUUGACCCCAAACUUUGCUCCUGCCGCUGCGUACCGUACCGCUGUCUCGCCCCGCCCGUCGGAUGGACCUCAUCUUCCCACUCCCCCUCCUCUCCGACGCACCGACACAAGUAAUGAAGAUUCGCAAUACCAUAUGCCGCCUAUCAUCUGGGGGCCGGCGAGAAGGAGACCCAGACCUCAACGAGACCCUACCAUGGAUGGGCUUGGUGAUCGACAGCGAAGCGUGAGCCCAGAUGGAGAGCGAGAGAACGCUGCAUGGGAAACUCUGCUUUCUACCCUUACUCCAGAUACCCAUCUUCCCUCCACUAGCACAUCAUUUUCUUCGACUAUUGCUCCUAGCACGGACACCUCGCUCGAUAGCACUUCUCGACACUCCGCACCCCAAUCCCGAAGACUACCCCCGCUCCCUGUCCACACAGCCCUCGACCCAUACCCAGAUCAACUUCACCCCUGUGACUUGAGCUCGUCGGACGACGAGGACACCCCCGUCAGUCAUCAAUCCUCCGGACCCAUUCUUUUUGGCGCGUCAGGUCUUCCACUUCCACUCUAUCGGGGAGCUGGUCUUCCUUCAACAAUGAGCAACCACCCUCCCAUCCCUACCAUUUCUUUCUCUUUCGACUCCUCUACCGAUACCGAUCUCCAGCAAAUGCAGGCCAUUCUGGACCGACUUGCUCGUCGCGAGGAUAUCCCGGACGACUGGUGGGCGGGUGCUGGUCUAUCGCGCAAUAUGGGCCGCGGCCUCAGUACCGGCACCAAUGCUCAUGCCGACGCCAACGAAGGUACUGAUUAA